AUGUUCGGAAAGAAGGAUCCAGAAAGAGUGCACCUGGUGACGGAAACCGGGAACAUGUAUACCAUCACCAUGGGGAGCUCACCAGACCGAGAGGCACUGCGAAUAGACAGCAGUGGGGAUGUCAAGCACUGUCACGAUAACAGCCAUGCGCAGGAAGACCGCGAGCGAGAGAAGAAAGUGGCCAGGAAGCGUCUGUAUGUGGUCUCCGUCAUCUGCUUGAUUUUCAUGGUUGGGGAGAUCUUAGGUGGGUACUUUGCAGGCAGCCUGGCUGUGAUGACAGAUGCGGCCCACCUGCUGGUGGACUUGACCAGUUUCAUCAUCAGCCUGUGUUCCCUGUGGCUCUCCUCCAGACCCGCUACGCACAAACUCAGCUAUGGCUGGCACCGCGCAGAGAUCCUGGGUGCAUUGCUGUCUGUGUUCACCAUCUGGCUGGUGACGGGUGUGUUGGUUUAUCUGGCGGUGGAGCGCAUCAUCAGUGACGAUUACACCAUCGAGGGCACUGUCAUGCUCAUUACCUCCAGUUGUGCAGUGUUGGCCAAUAUCAUCAUGGCCUUCACCCUCCACCAAUCCGGCCAUGGCCACAGCCACGGGGGCCUCGGUUCACAUGGGCACAGCCAUAAUCACAAGGAGGGCCAGGGAAACCCCCCAACGCCAGACCUCACCCACUCCAACGGUGACUACGAUGAUGUAGAUGUGGAGCAAAAAGGAACGGCUCAUGGGAGGGUCAACCAGGCGAACGCCAGUGUACGGGCGGCUUUCGUCCAUGUGGUGGGAGACUUGCUUCAGAGUGUAAGCGUGCUGGUCAGCGCCAUCAUCAUCUUCUUUAAGCCAGAGUAUAAGAUAGCUGACCCCAUCUGUACCUUCCUCUUUUCCGUAUUUGUACUGGGCACCACAUUCACCAUCAUGAGAGACAUAGUCAUUGUCCUGAUGGAAGGUACUCCUGCAGGAGUGAAGUACAGUGAGGUGAGGGCACGUCUGCUAGCGGUGAAGGGGGUGACAGCGGUCCACAACCUUCACAUUUGGGCUCUCACCAUGAAUCAGGCUGUGCUGUCUGUACACGUGGCCAUAGACGAGUCGGUGGAUGCCCAGACAGUCCUCAGAGAGAUGACGCAAACCUGUUUCUCCUCAUACAACUUCCACUCAGUUACCAUUCAGAUGGAGAAACAGGCAGACCUGAAGCCUGGGUGUGUUCUGUGUGAGGACCCCAAGAUGUAG